CAAUGGGUUAACUAGAUUUUUUUUUUUAAAAUAAAAUCAACUUGUCAGAUUUUACAGUGUAGAUGCUCUUUACAGGAAACAGUGACCUGACGCCCCCAGUUGACCAAAUUAGUGCAUCCUGGCUGCGUAAUUGCGAUCGAGCGUGCUGUCAACUGAAAACAACAACACACACUCUCCCUUUAACGGGUUUAACGGGACUUUUGAGGCCACAGCUCUCUCUCUCUCUCUCUCUCUCUCUCUCUCUCUCUCUCGCUCUCUCUCUCUCUUUGUGGGAUGCUCGGGCUCACUGGAUGGAUGAGCCCUCGCGUCGGAGUCACCACCAUUACAUCAUCUAUUCCCACACACCCGAGCAGCAAAUGAGAGCUUUUUAACAUUAAACCCGGGAUCCCGAUCGUUUCGCACCGCGCGGCAGCAGACGCCCCGCUCUCCAUCGCCGGACACACCGGGGGCAAUAAAAACACAUCAGCGAUGUUUGCGGGGGUGAUGGCGUUUCAAUGAGCGGGGAGGAGAGGAGGGGGGAGAGGAGGAAAGACGUGCACCGUCAUCAGCAUCUGUCCGCCAGCUCCCUUUGUGUUCACCGGAGAAUGUGAAUGGCGAAAGAUGACAUGGCAGAGGUAGAUUUGGCAUCAAACGGAGCGGAACCCCCCGGCGAGGCCUCCUCGGCGUUUCCCUACGAGGAGUACGAGUGCAAAAUCUGCUAUAAUUAUUUCGACCUUGACCGGCGGGCUCCUAAGAUCCUAGAGUGCCUGCACACGUUUUGCGAGGAGUGCCUGAACACGCUCCAUCUCCGGGAGGAGCGGCCAUGGCGCAUCAGCUGCCCCGUCUGUCGCCACCGGACUCCGGUGCCGGAUUAUCGGAUACAAAACCUGCCCAACAACACCAAGGUGACGGAGGAUUUUCCGCUCUAUAUCGACUCGGACCCCCUGCCUCAGGACGCUUUGCCGCCGUACCCUCCACCGCUGCAUCCAGCGCUCGUCGCCCUGCGCCGGGAGGAGGCGUCGGGGACGUCCAGCGUCAGCCAGGCGACCCCGUCCACCACCGUGUCCACCGCCACAACCCUCUCCCAGGACUCGGUGCGCUACGACAGCUGUCAGAGCUGCAAGCGAGUGGCGCUGACCACGGGCUGCGUGUGCGUGAUCUUCUCCUUUCUGUCCAUGCUGGUGUUGCUGUUCAUGGGCCUGAUCUUUGUGCACAGUCACAGCAUUCCUCCCUCGCCGGCGGGACCCAUUUGCUUGUCGGUAGCCAGCAUCCUGGCCAUGUUCUCGGUGGUCGUCACAUGGCUCAUCUGCUGGCUCAAAUACAGACCGGAUCAUGAGACAGGCCGCUCAUCCGCCACCAGUAACUCCAGGAGAAACGCCUGAUUGGGCUGUGGAUGGACAUGAUGUACUGUGGCUGUGUGAUCAUGUACAUAAUACUGGCAACUCCUGCUCCCUUUACUGUUUUUUCUAGGAGGAAAUCUCGCCCAAAAUGGCCUUUUAUCAGUAUAGCAAACACCUAAAGGCCUUCAUGUUGUUUGGAGCAAUAGGCCGACAUGAUCCUUGAUUUUCCUUAAGUUGUGCACUUGAACUGACAGUUAGGCCCAGCUGAUGGGCGUCCUGAUGAGUGAACUUGACUCCUGGUGUUGGUCGGUUGGUUUGAUGAAUGUGAAGUGCUUAUUUCCAGGGUUUGAUCCCCUCCGCACCCCCUCUUGCUAAAUUAUAUUUAUAUCCCACUAAGCCACUCACUGUAUGAUAACUGUCCAUGAUGAUCCACUCUUAUAUCUCAAACCACUGUUGUAUUGUACAGAUAUUUGGCAAAUGUUCACAUUUGAGUUUCCAGGUGAAGGUUUUGGAGUUUUAAGGAGGCUCAUAUGUUCAUGCGGGAUACUUCCAAAAGGUUGUGUCCACAAUCCAAACUGUAAAUAGUCCACAGAGAGGUGGUGAGUGGUACCUGAUAGGUGUGAUCAGACCUUCCUAACCCUUGUGCUUUAACUUAUCCUCCAGGAUGGCACCUUUUUUUCCUUUGCCACUAUGAAAACUGCACCUCUUCCAGGUUUAUUGAAGGGAUUCAAAGCUUGUGAUUUUGACCCUGUGUUUGGCUACUUUUGCAUGUUAGUGCUCCUGAAAGGUCAGAGCUUGUUUUAUUUAAUAGAAGGGACAUUGCGUCCCCUGACUCGUGUGCCUCACCUUGUUGCUGAAGUAAAACUUCACUGUAAUCAUCAUCAAAAUCAUGCAAGGGGCUCUCGCCACAGACAGCAUCCAGCUGAGGUGUCGGCAGGGAUUUCCUCUUUCUGUCACAUCAUUUACACACAAAAAACAGGGUUUUCCAACAUUGAGCCGCCUCCAAAUCUGGCACCUUUUUAUACUUAUGAAAAAUGUCUCUGCAUAGGGCUUUGAAGAAAGGUCAGGUUACACACCUGUUAGUGUUAAACAGGUAUAAUUCAGGCUAAAAUCCACCUUCGUCUUUAAGAUAACUCACUGUAAAAUUCAAGAAUUUGUUUUAACUUAAAAAAGAAAAAAAAAGUAGUUUCUG